CGGGCUGCUUCUUCGACCCAAUUUUGUUCCCGCCGACAAGAAGAAAAAGUUGCAGGUCGCAACAUUAUUACUUGGACAAUUUCAUUCUUCUCUUAAGUCUCUUUUGUUAUUGUUCAAACAUGGCGAAGAGACGUGUCAAGAAGCGCACUCACCGUCCGGUGCAGACCAGCUCCGGCACGGUCAAAAAUGGCGCUGCAUCCAUGAACCGAUCUCCAAAGUCCAUGGUCAUUCGCAUUGGCGCUUCAGAAGUCGGUUCGAGCGUUAGCCAGCUGGUCAAGGAUGUGCGGUUGAUGAUGGAGCCUGAUACAGCGAGUCGGUUGAAGGAACGCAAAUCGAACAAAUUGAAGGACUAUACGACCAUGGCUGGUCCACUGGGAGUCACUCACUUUCUACUGUUUUCAAAAUCUAGCACAGGGAACACAAAUAUGCGCCUGGCGCUGACUCCUCGCGGGCCGACUCUACAUUUCAAGAUUGAAAAUUAUUCACUCUGCAAAGACGUCGCCAGAGCGCAAAAGCACCCAAGAACUGGCGGCCAAGAUCACAAGACACCUCCUCUUCUGGUCAUGAAUAAUUUCAACUCCCCCGGUGCAACUGAGAAAUCGAAGGUGCCAAAGCACCUCGAAUCCCUUGCAACGACAGUGUUUCAGUCACUCUUUCCUCCUAUCUCCCCGCAGACAACACCUCUUACCUCCAUUCGUCGUAUUAUGCUAGUCAACAGAGAGCUCGGCCCCGCAACAGGCGACGGUCAGGACGCGUACGUUCUGAACGUGAGACAUUACGCUAUCACGACAAGGAAGACGGGUAUACCGAAGCGGAUCAGACGACUAGAUGCGACUGAACUGCGUCAUAAAGACAAAAAGAAGUCGGCUAUUCCAAACCUGGGAAAGUUGGAUGAUGCUGCAGACUACCUGCUUGACCCAUCGGCGGCUGGCUACACCUCUGCUAGUGAGACGGAGCUCGACACGGAUGCGGAAGUCGAGGUGGCAGGCACUACGACGAAGAAGGUUCUGAACAAGCGUGAACUUCAGCGUAUGAAAGCUGGGGAGAAGAAGCCUGAAAGGAUGACCACCAACUCAGGUGUGGAAAAGCGAGCAGUAAAAUUAGUCGAACUCGGUCCGCGUAUGAAGCUGAGAUUGACUAAAGUCGAAGAAGGCAUGUGCGGAGGCAGAGUUAUGUGGCACGCUUUCAAGUCCAAGACCGAGUCCGAAAUCAAGCAGAUGGAUGCUGCUUGGGACAAAAAGAUCAAAGAGAAGGAGCAGCGCAAGAAGGAGCAGAGAGAAAAUGUCGAGAGAAAGAAGGCUGAGAAGGCCAAGGCUAAAGCCAACGGAGAAGCUGUCAGUGACGAUGAGGAAGAGGAGGACGAGGAUGAGGACAUGGAUGAGUGGGAGAGCGACGAAUAUGAUGAAGAUGCGGAAGUCGAAGAUCAAGACGAGGGGAGUGACGACGAGUCUAUGGAAGAAUGAGCCUAAGGAUCUGAGACCAUUGAGAGCCACUGGUGGUCAAACGUUUGAUGCUAAGGUCACAUUCGAAUGACUCGUUCCUAGUUCUCAGCUCCCUUCGAUAAUGAUGGGAUGCUAAUCGUGACGCUGGAAUACUGUUUCCGGCCAGAUUCAUACAUCAAUACUGUGUGACUGCACUCAGUCUACACGGGGCAAGAUAUGGAUAUUAUGCCUUGCAUGCUCUCGAACCGCGCUGCUGCGUGUUGGGACCAGUGUAUAUGAUCUGGGUAUACCCAUUCUCUUCUUGCGCCGACUUCCCCACCGCGGUGGUGAAGUUAGACCCCAUUCCGU